AAUUAUUUUGAAUAAAAAUAAUUUUAUUUAUUUUCGAGAAUUCACGUUAUUGGUUGCUAAGCAAAAUAAUAUCAAUGAAUAACUGGUUCCGUAGCUCUUCUUUAUCUUCUGGGUACCGACGUACUUUAAACCGGUCUCAAGCUAAUACGCAUGAACAGGUAGUUUACUAUAAAUACCGCUAAACCCGUGCUCUUCGUUCACUUUGUAUUGCUACACGGUUGUAUCAGGAGAAAACUUAGAUCUACAUGUAUAAUACUACACAGUUGUAUUCAAGUGAUCAAGUUUGACUUUAAAAGCUUGAAAAUGCCACGCGGUCGCAGAAGACAGGCACAGGCUAGGCGUAUGCCGAGACAGGAGAGAGCCGUUCGGCAGGAGAGAGCCGUUGAGCAGGAAAGGCAGGAGAGAGCCGCUGAGCAGGACGAGGAGCUGAAUCUGCAGAAUGCCCGGCGUAACUUGAGAAGGAACGCUGCCAGAGAGGAGCAGAAUGACCAAGGUCACGGGGACGUCAGGGGCACCAGGGGGCAAAAAAGGCCUGCGGCUGACCUCGAGGAUGCUGUAGACGAGAGGUUGCUACAAACAGAUGCCGACGUAUGGGUUCUGGGUGACUCUAUCCCGUUCUGGGCCGGCGAACAUGCAAAGACGACUAGGAAACCAAAUCUUAGUAUCCCGAACAUUUCUAUUGCUUGGUGGGCAGUCAGAGGUCUUCGUUGGAGAGGUUUCAGACAUACAAUUGAAACUCAGGUCUUACUUUCAUCUCCUCCUUCAAUAAUAUACAUUAAUUUAGGCGGAAAUGACCUAGUAUACGAAAAUACUUGUGAAUUAAGAGGAAUGAUUGAAACAGAGAUAAACUAUUUACGUGAAGCAUUCCCAAAUACAACAAUAGUUUGGAUAGACAUAUUAGAGAGACAAAACUGGCAAGGGGCAUUAGGCGGUAAAAGGCCAAUUGAAAAGAAAAGAAAACGCCUUAACCGCAUAGCGCGGAAAAUAGUAAUAGAAUCAGGGAAAAGUGACGUCAUAAGCCCCGAUAUUGACGCAGAAACAGCCUUUUUAGAAAUGACGGCGUUCAUUUAAAUCUCGUAGGGUUAGAAUUCUUCCUAGAUUAUUUAAGAGAUUCAAUUAGAAAGCUAAUAUAAGUAUGACAAUUUAGUAAACAUAAAUGCUGAAGAUUCCGUGUUCAAGCAUUGUAUAAAUUAAACAUUUUUAUUAGAUAGAAUUUUGGGGGAUAAAUUGUUUCAAUUUAUUGUGGCGGAAAAUUCUAUAAACCGGAAGGUGAUCAGGCGUGUCUGCUUACAUUAGUUUACAAUAAACUGAUAAGUAUAAUUUGGAAAUAAAUAUUGUUUCAUAAAAAUACAUCUAUUGUCUGGCGAGAACUUACAAAGCACUGUAUUUUCGGCGUGUGUUACUCUUAUGUGGUUACUCUUAUGUUGUUAUGUGGCUAGGGUUGAAUAGGUUUUGCCCAUAGUACCUGGCGAAAUCUAGUUUUGUAUUGCGUAUUGCUUUGUAUUGCGUAUUGCUUUGUAUUGCGUUAUCAACCCUCUAGCAUGCAACUUACUGCUUUCCUUCACGCAGUGGUUUUGGUAUGUGUUGACCCGUCAUUCCCGGAUACCUGGUCGUGUCUGGUAACUAUCAUACCGUGACUACUGGCACCGAAGUUGCCGUGAAUUGCCACAUUAUGUUUAAGUUAGUCAGUAUUGCUACCUCGUUAUGUCCGACAGUGCAGAGUUACGUUAUGUUGAAAUUAGCCGGUGUUGCUACCACGUUAUGAGAGUGUAAAUUAUGUGACAGUGCAGAGUUUCAUUGUAAUAGUUUGCAAAUUUUAGCAGACGCGCCUGGUCUCCUUCCGGUUACUUUAUUCACAUACUUGGCGAGAUACCUCGUCAAGUACAUCUUUGUUUUUGAGCGGCCAAUAACUACCCAACCUUGCAUUCAUUUAGUAAAUAUUUUAUUUGUUUGAUUUGUAACAUAUUGAAAUAUUAACAUUACAAUAUAAAGUCCUAUCGUGUAGUAAUUAAAAGGUACAAAGCA